AUGGACAAGAUGAGCAAUGAUUUCAAUCUCCUUUCCGAAAUUGUUAAAAAAGCACUCGGUAGUGAAGGGGCUGAUGGGGGGAGAGCAGAAAUGGAUGCUACAUCGAAGAAAAUCAACACCUGUGGUGGUGCAGUUUCAUGCAGAGAUUAUACUGGAGUUUCUCUUGAAAGUAAUGGCAUGGCAAUGAUCAAGAAAGCAGUUCAAGCACAUAUCCAAUCAUUAGCAAACGGUAAUCUGUCUUUGAACUCUGUAUCAUCACAAAUCAUCACAUAUUCAUGUCAAUCUUUUUUCAAGUCUAGAUACCAAAAGCAAAGCUGGGAUGCAGAACGCCUCAAGUCACAAAUCAACACAAUAGGAAGGACAUCAAGAUUGAGAUAUCUGAAAAAGUUACGAGACCAAGUUGUAAUUGAAAACAAAAACAAAGCCUUAUGGAAACUUUUGGAUAUCAUUGAUGUAGCAUGCAGUGAUGUCAAGACCAAUGAUGAAGACUGCUCAGCCAAUACCCCAAACUCCAUUAAAGCACCUCUGUGUCACAUUCUGAAGCUCAAUUGGCGGAGCCCUAGAUUAGAUGUUCCCAAGACCCCCUGCUCAUCCCCAAGCCGGGGUGGGGGACGUCCAAGCAGACCUCACAUGCAAUCUGAAAGUGGGCGCAAAAGUCAGAUUCAACCUCCAGAAGGCUUGCCAAUAGAUUUUUUUGUGAAGACUGGUACAAAGACCUUUGUCCCAAACAAAAACUUUCACUGA